AUGAAUAACAAACAUAACACUCAUGAAAUGGACGACUCGCUCUUACUCGUUCUAUUGACCAAGUUGAGCAACCUGGAUCGGAAUAAGCUCAUCAAGCAUAUUCAACCUCCAGCCAGCGACUUCCAAGUCGACACAUGGUAUCCCAACGAUUUGCUGCCCUCACUUGCUCCCCAGGGCCAAUACAGAGAUAGCCAAGCCAACCUUUAUGCCAUCGCGAUCCAUCUGUAUCGUACAGGUCGCUCCUUUUUUGUUGUUGCUGACAGUCUCACCAAACGUCAACUGCAAGGCACUGCAGUUCGCGGCGAGAGUGAUGCUAUCUCGGUGGUUCUCAUGGCCGUCCGGCCGUCUGCACGGGAUGGCGAGGUUCGUGUCAUUGCUAAGCGCUCAGCUAUGACUCGGGAUGAGAACGUCAAUUUACUUCAAACUGCCAGAUCAUUUGAGAUUUCCCACAAGUUUCUUGCCGACCGGUUGCAGUGUAUCUCCCUGAUAUAUUCGGACUUUGGGCUACAACUGCAUGAUCCAGACCGUGGGAUCUUUGCCAGAGAUACACCGCGAAUGCUGGGGCACGAGCAACUGUCUAUCACUUUUGAGAGUGAACUUGGGCCAAAUAUCCCGCUUCCCGCCGAGCUGGUGCACGAGAUUUCCUCCCUGGCAAACGUCACCAGGUCCCAGAGCCCAGUGUUAUUGCCAGCUGGCUCAAACUUCACACCUUAUCGACCGUACAUACACAUCUUUCUCACAUUCCGUACGAGUGAGGAGCAAAUCCGAGGGAUGCAGCGCGCAUUACAACAAUGGAUGAGAAUUGAGUAUCAGGUACAGGAGGAGAAGAGACAACAGGAAAGGAAAAGCAAGGGAGUGAGAGAUGCAGAGUAUUACGAUACCGAUUAUAACCCCAGUUGUGUGGCCUUUCUAGUCGAGCCAAUCGUAUCCCUCAUCCCAUGGAACUACAGCCGUGUCCCAUCUCGGCGUGACGUGCUACGUAUGCGCGCAGCGACAGCUGAGCAUCCCACCAGAGUGACCGAGCUCCCGGAGACACGCGCACGACCAGUGGACCUUCUUCUGGAACCGCUGAAGGACGGAGAAGUUGCAGCUGCCGCACUUGCCACUGUCUAUCCUGCCCCAUGCGGUCUCAUCGUCACCCAAAAUACACUGAGCAACUUGGUGGAAGAAGUGGGCCUCCAUAACAAGACUGAAAAGUUUUCUGAGUUUUCCGAUGAUCUACGUCACAACCAAAUCAUUGAUUCCGAUAAACUAGAGAUAUUACCAUCCGUUGAGAUUAUGUCUUCGUACGAUGAUCCAUUCUAUUCCAAUCCACCACCAUGGCAACCAGUCGACCGCAGCAUGAAUUCUAUCUCUUUGUUUUACAUGACCAACAGACUUACGAAACAAGAAGAUCGUGCACUGCAUGACGAAAUCCGAACCAUGAAUGAUCUAGAACAUCAUAGUUGGAGCAGAAAGGUCAUUAGCCCUGUGCCAUGGAAGCCUGAUCAGGACAAUGCGGAUGACGCUGGUUUGGACUACAUGUGGGAAAUUGUGGAAACUGUUCCGGAGAGCAAUCAUGUCCAACUGCCGUAUUUCUUUGCUGAUGAGCAGUCUGGCAUGGAUCAGACAAUCAUUGUGAUGGAAAAGGAUUAUUUCUUUGCUCGUGACGAUGACAAAAAGGCACAAGAGCUCCUCAGGGAUGUGCCUGAGCCUGAAUUUCGUGGCCUACGCUAUGCUAGAAUCAAAGGUCGAGAUGCACACACAAUAUUCGCAAACCUGAGCCUCUGCAAUAUGGAGAUGGAAGAUUUUGACCUUGAGGGGGAAGGAGUCAUCAAGCUGCCUAGGGCUGGCUGGCCUGGACAUGGUGUCCUCUUCGAACAGUGGUAA